AUGGAUGCAUUGGCUAUUUACGCUAUAACUGCUGGCGGUAUACUUGGUAGUCUUUUUUUGGGCAGGGUAAUCGCCAACUGGUCAACUUCAUUUUCUGUUCUAUAUUCUCGGCAUCUGAGCCUUCCCUUUUUUGUUCGUAGGCAUCAAUUCUGGGGUCCCUGGACCCGAGUUGGCAUUCUUCUCCAUGUAUCAUAUGCUGCAAUCAAUGCCUUUCUCGUCUUUUUCCGUAAGCAAUCGUUGGCUGACGCCGGCUGUCGGGCAGGAGAACUAGCCCUGAUCAAUCUGAUUUUUCCGUUAUCUACGAUCCACCUAAGUUAUCUCGCUGAUUUACUAGGCAUUACCUGGCGUACAUGUUACAGAAUUCACCGUGCUACCGGGUGGAUGGCUAUAACACUGCUAUCAUUCCACAUUGUUGCUGCAGUUCAGAUGCGGGGAUUUAGCUUUUCGUUCCACGAAUCGGCAAACCUUUUCACAAUGCUUGGGGCUAUCUCACUGGGUAUCCUUGCUCUACUUGCGAUCCCAUGGUUUCGUCGACGGUCAUACGAGAUCUUUCUCCGAGGCCAUCAAAUCCUUACCGGGCUCUUCGUCUACGGCACCUGGCAGCAUCUUCUAGCCCAGCGACGUCCCCCCAGAAUCUACCUCUUCAUUGCAUUAAGUAUUCUUGCUCUUACGUCUUUCUUACAACUAGUAAUCUUCUUAUAUCGCAACGGGCUGCUAGCGGGCCGCGGCUGUCCUAGAGCCGUUGUGUCAUUCAGUGUGAGUGGAUCUACGGAAAAAAGUUCUGCAGUAACAGCGAUUCGGAUUCGAAUCCUCCUACCUCGAUCCGUGAAGGUGCAAGCUGGACAAUACAUCAAUCUUUGGAUGCCGUCAGUCAGUCUGCGGUCAUGGAUGCAGACACACCCGUUCACUGUCACAUCAUGGUCUAGAGAUCACCAGGAUACCAUGGAACUUCUCGUGCAGCCACGCCAUGGUUUAACCGCGGAUCUUCUUCGCUACGCUCCUACAGUUGCUGAAGGCUCGGUCUCCUUCUUAGCAUUCUUUACCGGUCCUCAUGGAAUUAGUGAGCAUGUGGACCGAUAUGAAAGCGUCUUGGUGAUUGCCAGUGGAUUUGGAAUUGCCACGGUAAUUCCAUACUUGAAAAAAAUGAUCUACGGCUAUAAUACCUGUACCUCCGAGGUUCGCCGACUGCAUUUGGUCUGGCAGGUAGAGCUGAUCAGUGAAAUUAUUGCAGCUCAGGAUCUGCUGAAUAAUCUGUUGAAGGACGACAUCAUGGGUGACGGCUAUAUACUCAACAUCUCUAUUUACGUUUCGAGCGGCCUUGAGCGGAACAAAGUACCCUUCGGCCAGCACAAACGAGUAUUUCUUUACCAAGGAAAACCAGAUUAUCGAAAUGUAAUCUCGCUUGAGGCGUCCGGAGAGCAGAUUGAGAGAUUGCCCAACAUCCGGGAUGAGCAAGGUCGAACACUGGUGAUGGUUUCCACAACCGAUAAACUUCGGGACUCUAUACGGGAGACGGUACGGGAACACCUCCAUCAGGGGUUAAAGCUUUCAGACUUGGAGUUCCAGCCCUGA